UUGAACUUCAAGAAGCAGACGACCAGAGAAAAACGCGCGCAGGCUUGUCCUGCCGAAUCCAAGAGGCAUAUUCUAGUUUUCAUGAAAACAAGAUUACGCUGAGGCUGAUUCGAUCAUGAAUGCUAAAAAUUCUUCCAGGAAACGAGAGUCAGUUUUCAAAGCUCAUGUACUUGAAAAACUCUACCCAUCUGAAGCCACUGUUCAAGAUAAACCACCACCUCAAGAAACAGCAACAAAGACUGAGCUGGAGAGAUCUGCUGGCAGUGUUCCAACACGUGCAAAGCUUUACACUGUCCAUCCCCCACCUGGUGGUUUAUUACAGACUCUUGCACGGAAUACCAGUGAAAUGUCAGAAAAAAGAUUAAAAUCCAGCUGCUCUGAAUCAGAGUCCAGCAAUGAUUCACAAGGUGCCCAUGAUAGGCCUGUGAGGAAACGGAAGAGAAAAAAGAAGCAUGGGCAAAGGGUAAGGGAGAAAGUUCCUUGUGAUACUGCAGAAGUAGACUCGCCCUUGACAAAAGGAGAAGACACACAACCGCAGGUGUCUCCAACGAAAUCAUCAUCACAACCAACAACAGCUGAUGCAUCACUUACAAAGAACCAAAGGAGGAAACUGAGGAAGAAAAGGGCCAAGCUUGGUAGACUCCAAGACCGGGCACAAAUUCAAGCUGAGGAAUUUACAGUUGAUGUUAAUAAACAGAGCCUUAUUGGUAAGGGAGAUGACAGAGAGUGUGAAGAUGAGUCUACUCAGGAAGUGGUAGAGUUCCUGGAGGCAGUGUGGCGAGUAUUCAGCUCUGAUGGGAGCAAGACAGAGAUUAAGAACUCCAUCACCCAACCGUUUCAGACCAUGAUUGACAAGAUGUCAAAUGGUAAAAUGUCAAAGGAGACUGUUAACCAGAUGAGAGACAUCAAGAAGUUGUUGGUUCUCCAAGAUUUCAGACGGGCACAGAUGAAGCUGACUGAGUGCCUUAAUAACCAGGCCAGCACAUCUGAAAGUGAAAAUAUCUCCCUCUUCUCAACGCUCGCUGAAUAUUGGAUGACAGAUAUUUCAACCUCCUAUUCCACAUCGGGAAAUCUUUGUUGACAAACUUUGCAAAGAUUUGUUCACAAGUCGCAGAAAAUUCCUUAAAAGUAUAUAUGUUUUAUUGUAAAUAGAAAGGAUUUUGCUCUUUAAAAAGAUUCAAUGAUAUAUAGAAAACAAGCAAUAUCUUGGAAAGUCGCAGACCAAACAGUGUCACGUACCGGUAUAUAUGCCACAUAUAGUUGGAUUCCCUUUGAAGCAGCUAGGGUUAUCAAACAUUACCUAGUGUUCUAGAUAGAUACGUUAAAACUGUUACAAUUAUUGCAAAUUCGAUCGGGCUCAAACUGGUUCGUGUCUAGAUAGUGGAUGGCGUGCAGAUCUUGCUGAAGAUAAUUGGUAACUUUGAAUGGCAUUCUAGGGUUUGCGCUUUUUGCGCAAAUUGUGAACUUGGAAUUGAUUAGUCAUUGAAAUCACUUCUGAGAAAGGGUUGACUGCUUGCUUAUUUCUAUAAACAAAGAAUUACCAAAGAAGAGAAAAAAUUAAACUGGCAAAAUCAUAUAAAAAUUGUAGAAAUAAACUACCGUAACAUGGGGUAACUUUUUGUGUAAGUUUGCAAAAAAGUCGAUUGAGGGCGCUGUUUAUGUCUCAUUUCACCGAUCUCGCUCACUGUGACUGUCAAACCAAAAUAUACAAACUGCGCCCUCCUGAGCAUACGGGUGCUUUGGGUUCAGUUUGCGGCAAAAUAAGAAUGGUUAAUCAUGCCAACAAACAAAUUGAUAAAAUUAAAAAGCCACACCCAUCCAUUAUUAUUGCACAUAACGCCGUUGAAAACCGCAAUACAUCAGUACGUUAAUAUUUGAAGUAAACUAUUAAUCAUGGGUACGUGUCUUCAUCGAUUAUUUUACAACAGCCAACUCUUUGUGUUAAUCAUGAUGUGUAAAACACUCAUGUUAAUCAUUUCCAUGUGACUAUCGAUAGUGCCCCUCAAUAGGUGCCGUUCGAUACUCAAAAGUGCAUCUGACUCCAUGUUUACAGUUUAACAGACAUUCCAGCUAAUGUUGUACUGAUGUUGUAAAACAACUAUUGGGAAUUUUUGUACUUGAUGAUCCACUGUACAUGAGCGUACAUGAGGUUGAAUAGGUAGGAACAAUUCUGAUAUCUUUGUCUUGUUCACUGUAUUGUAUUAUGUUUCUCUUAAAACGUUAGCUCGAUGCAAGGAACAAACACUUUGUCAACAUAGCACAUGGACAUGAUGAAUUUUCUUCCGGGAAACCCGUGCAAUUCUCUAAGUUACUUUUUAAUCCCAUAAACAUUACCAAACUGUAGCUUUUGACGAUCAGUCGAUGAAAGCGGACGAAAAGACCCUCUUUGAUUCUCCCCGGGCUUAAGUGCGCCUUAAUUGACAAUCGAGUGUUCCGUCUACCACAGCGGCUCAUUAAUCUUGAAGACACUUAUUCGACAGACGAAGUCUACGAUGAUGAAACCCAGGGACCACCAUUGUGCUUUUCCUGUCGUUUUCAUUGGAUACUUUGCCGAAUUCAUAUCUUGGCAACAGAAUGCUAUAGCUAAGACCUAAGCACGAAAAGUAUUUUAGGAAUUUUCGCAGCAUUUUCAGAGCCACAUGGCUAAUAAAUAAUAGACAUAUGCUCACUGUUGCUGUUGUGUAUGGUGCAUUUAAGAAUGUGGACAAUUUUAAACCUUGUUACAGUAUCAAUGUGAUUGUUCCUCGCAACGGAACAAUCACAUUGAAUUUACUCUGCCAAAAAGAAGAAUGCAGGCAAAACCCGUCUAAUAUUGUAUUCCAUUAUUUGGUAAGAAAGAGUUGGCUCACGUCGCGUUUUCGGCAUUGAGAACGUACCCGAAAAUCAGGUGUUUUAAUUUUGCUUGACAUGCAUUGAAACUUGUUUUGCGUCUGAUAUUUGACAUUGUAAUCUAACGCAAGAAAUUGAAUUAAACAGUGAGCCAGAAGAGGUGAAAGGCCGCAGUUUGGGCUUUUAGUCCUUUUGUUUACUAUUCCAUUUCCAAUGACUGUCUACUUCCCUCUGUCGCCUCCUGUUGUCAGAGAACGGAAAUUGUAUUCGGGCUUUUUGUCCCAAACAUGCAUAUGUCACGUUAUUGAAUUAGUCUUGGUUUUAAGCUGUUCUUAUCUGUAUUUCCGCGUACAGCAGUGUGAUUGAUGACCGUGCAUUAAUUGAAUAAUCUAGCAUUAAAUUUGACGGGCAAACAAGUUCUCGUGCCUUUCAGGUCGGUGCUGUGUAUUAAUUCUCUUGUCAAGCUGUUAUCAUGGAGAGUUGACGCACUUUUUGAGAUGGUCAGAACUUUAACUGGUAAAAGUUUUGAAAGGUGAAGGCGGAUGUUUCUUUGCAAUGGGUGGAUUCGAUGAUAUAUUUUGUGCGAUCCACAACAGU